AUGUUAAACUUCCUCCCUCUAAGAUUCCUGAUAUGGGACUUAGUUACUGUAUCUGUGGUAUUAAAAGAGAAGAAUGAUACCAUCAAGAAGGCAGUUUGGGAGAAGUUGAGGAAGAGAAAGGAGCAGGAUGAAGGCUUCAUCAACGUUACAGAUGAACCAUUCGAACCUUAUUUUGAUAUCAGCACCAACACCAACAUGGAUAUCAAAGAAAUGAGACACAUACCAUAUUCCUCUAUUGCAGCAAGCAAUUAUCACCAAUUCAAUACGACCAAUUAUAUUAAUGAGGAGUUAAGGAAGUUACUUGAAAAGAAGCGGCCGCUUCCUGGAAUGAGGACAUUUAGAGGUUCCAAUGGUGAAUUGAUACCAUCAAAGGGUUUUCAGCAUUUACUGACUUUGGUUGCAGAUCAAGGUAACGAGCAGAAGGGUUCAUCCUAUGUCUCACAGUUACUCGCUAACAUUGCUUCGAACAAUUUUAGUGCGUAUAGUGAAGGUUAUGGUGCCCAGGCUCAGAGCCUAAAUCAUUCGAAGGAUGAGGACGAAUCCCCUGUUUCGGACCCGCUUUUGCGGCUUAGAAAACGUUCUGCAAGGGCUGGUCGAACAUUUAUAGAUAGGAGAGGAUUGGUAAGACGUCCCGACGACGUUAUAGAUGAGUUUAUGAGGUUUGACGAUGAUGCUGAAGAAGAGCCAGACGCUGUUCCGAACGUUUACGACUCCAAGGUCGAUGCUAUUAAGAGAUUAGACUCACGUUGGAAGUUUGAUUCGGAUGUUACUGAAUCGGAGGAAGGUUUGGAGAAUCCUUUUAGCAGGGACCCGUCUCGCCUCAACUGCAUUAGCAACGUCACGCAGUCCAUCAGGUUUGGUUCCAUGUUGUUGUCGAAAUCUUACGAUUUGCUUCGUGAGUCUGUACAUCAGCGACAACAGGCAUUCAUCCAACAAGCACGACUCAGAGCGAUGCAGCAGCAACAAUUGAGUAACAAGCAGCAACAGGGCCAGCAGCAGAAUCUCAAUCAAACUCAUUCGUCGACAUCAACGCAAGGCUCCGGUGCCAGCAGGCCCGCGCAAUCGCGAACCUCGUCGGCCAACUCUCAAGCAAGCGCCAACCAGCAGUAUGGUAAUGGCCGCAGGCCCGAUGGAGGACAGCCUUCGAAUCAAGCCAACAUCAACAAGUCGCCAUUAUUGGCGUCUCAAGUCCAGGCAACAAAGCCCACUGUACAAUAA